AUGGCUUCUACAGAUAACCAAAAACCCGUCUACAACCUGCCAGCCGACGCUGUCUGGCUCAUCACAGGCUGCUCCUCCGGUCUGGGCUUGUCCCUUGCCCAGCUCAUCGCCGCCCACCCAACACAUCGGCUCGUGGCCACGGCCCGCAACCCAUCCAAGGUCAUAGAUGCCCUUCCCUCGAAUCCCCGUGUGUUAGUGGUUGCGCUGGAUGUCAACUCACCAGACUCCAUCACUGCUGCCCUUGACACGGUCCUCAAGCACCCUGGCUUCGGACGCAUAGAUGUCCUCGUGAACAACGCCGGCUACGGCGUGAUGGGAGACUCAGAGUCUGCCCUGCCCUUCUCCCCCGAGGUCCCAGGCUCUUCAGACGAGGAGCACGCCAAGGCUCGAGGCAUGGUAGAGACCAACUUCUGGGGCACUGCCAUCAUGACGCUCCACGCGAUGCGCAUAAUGCGCGAGAACAAUGCCAGAAAUGGUGGCAAUCAGGGAGGUCUGGUUAUACAGAUUACUUCGAUGGGCGGUUUCAUUGGAUUUCCUGGUGGCGCAUUUUAUCAUGCCGCGAAGUUCGCUGUUGAAGGGUUUACGGAAAGCGUCAGCCGCGAGGUGAGACCGGAAUGGAACAUUCACUUCACUAUCGCGGAGCCAGGCGGUAUCGACACGAAUUUUGCAACCUCAAGCCUGUCAGCGCUGGCCAAUCACCCUGCCUAUGACGCCCCAGGAAGCCCUGCGCGAGUGCUCGCAGCCUACGUGGACGAUCCCGAAGCACGAAAGUCUUGGUGUUGA